UACAGUUACAAAUCUUCGAUCGUGUGUUUACUAAAUAUGAUUUAUCUAAAGGAAAACCAAUGAAAUCGUUUCAAGCAAAAUAAGUUAUUUUACUAUGCGGAACACAUCAAAUUCAGUCACAACUCUAAUUAAUAUGUUCUCCAUCUGAACAGUGUUUAUCAAUAUUUUUUUAGUAAGUGAACAUUGCCCUGCGAAGCAGUAUAGGAAAAUAUUUAUAAAAAAUUAAAAAUAUAAUGGGUACUAAAGGUGAGGAAAGUUUUCCUCUAGAAAUACGGCGAUUAAAUGAAAAGGAGCAAGCUGAAGUGUCGAAAGACAUAGAAGGAGGUUUUAUGAAGCACUGCUUUCGUGUCGGUCCGCAAGGUUAUUUCUUUUCGGAUCCCUUUGAACCCCUCAUUCCACAAAUAUACAACUUGGAGCUUCGAGCUGACGAUGUCUUUAUUGCAACUUUCCCAAAGGCAGGCACAACCUGGACCCAAGAAUUGGUGUGGUUGGUUGCCAACGAAUUGGAUUACGACACCGCCAAAAGAGUCCCUCUCACGGUGCGAUGCCCAUUUUUAGAAUUUUCAGUAUUUUCCCACAACGAUGUCGGACAGGCUCUGAUAAAACAAGCAUGCGAAGUAGAUAAAACUAAAUAUGAAAUUGCCAAAAAUUUAAAGAAAAAUGGUAUCGAAGUGGCUAAUGAAUUGCCGUCUCCGAGAUUUAUAAAGACUCAUCAACCCUUCUCGUUGCUUCCUCCAGACCUUCUCGAGAAGACCAAGGUGGUGUAUACUGCCAGGGACCCGAGAGAUGUCGUAGUCUCAUACUAUCAUCAUCAGAAAUUCAUGCCGAUUUACGGUUACAAGGGAGAGUUCAAAGAUUUUUGGAAACUAUUUAAAAAAGAUAUGCUUGACUGGACACCAUUUUUCUCGCAUUUUAGAGAGGCAUGGGAAUUGAGAAAUCAUCCUAAUUUGUUGUUCCUGUUCUAUGAAGAACUUUCAAAGGACAUGCCUGGUGUCAUUCGCCGUGUGGCCAAGUUUCUGGGCAAGACUGUGACAGAAGAACAGAUUAGCGGGCUUUGUGAACAUCUCAAAUUCGAGAAUUUCAGAAAGAACAAGUCUGUCAAUUAUGAGGUCCUAGGAGAACUGGGAUUUAUCAAAAAGGGGGAGCAUUUUGUUAGAAAAGGUAAAACAGGUGGUUGGCGGGAAUAUUUCGACGAAGAGAUGACAAAGGAAGCCGAAGAAUGGAUGGAGGAGGGGCUGAAGGGAAUCGAUUUCAAAUUUAAAUUCUAGAAAGCUUGUCAACUUGUUUUUUUAAUACUUUCAAUAUAUGAAUUAUCUGUAUCCUAAUAAAAAGUAAAAUAACUGAAAAACAAAAAAAAAAUUAAAAAUAAGAACCUACGAAAGUCUCAUUUCUCCACUCAGCUGUCUGGCAUGGUGGUCCUUAAAACAAUAUUAAACCUGUGAAAGGUUUAAUAUCGUUUUAAUUACAAACAACCCAUUCUUUUUAAGCUUAAAUAAUAUUGUUAUAUCAAUUCCUACAAUGGUUUUUAUUUCAAUAAAUUUAUUUUUACUUUGGUUUUUUUCAAAAUUA